AGAAGUCAAAAAAAAAAAAGUUAAAUUAUAUUACUCUCAAGUCAUUACAAAUACAGGUGAUGAUUUCAUUGAAGUCCAGUGUUUUAAUGAAGUACAUAAUCAAUGAGGGUUUUUACUUUUUAUUUGGAAAUAAGACAUGGAAGUUGCAAAAAUAGACUACUCCUAUAUAUUCCUCCAACUUUCCCCAAUGAUAAUAUCUCACACAACCAUAGAUUAUCAAAACCAGAAAACUGACCAGGCACAGUGGUGUGCCACUUAUAGUCCCAGCUACUCAGGUGGCUGAGGUGGGAAGAUCCCUUGAGUUCAGGAGUUCAAGGCCAGCCUGGGCAACACAGUGAGACCCUGGCUCUAAAAACAAAAAUGGAAGAAAACCAGAAAACUGGUGUCAUCAAUUGUGUUUAAGGAAACCGAAGCUCCUUUAAAAGUUUGUUAUAAAAUUAUAGAUAUCUCAUAAAUAUUGAGGUGGAAAGAUUCCCUGGAAGCAGCCUAGUCAGAAAGUGAAGACAGUGACAUCCAGAUAGGUUAAUACUUCUGCCAGCACCAUAAUUACACUCUCUUGGCUGUACAUUCCAAUCACUGGAAAACAGGCAAAACUGAACCACUGGCUGGGCCCACCUUAAAUCAGUGACAUCAACCUCUGCAGGCAAGGCUCAAGUAUCAGUACGUUUUAAAACAACUUUGCCCACUGAAGGUUCACUUAAUCAACUGAUAAGGCCGGGUGCGGUGGCUCAUGCCUGUAAUUCCAGCGCUUUGGAUGCCUGUAAUCCCAGCAUUUUGGGAGGCCAAGGCGGGCGGAUCACCUGAGGUCAGGAGUUCAAGACCAGCCUAGCCAACAUGGCAAAACCCCGUCUCUACAAAAAUACAAAAAUUAGCUGGACGUGGUGGUAUGUGCCUGUAAUCCCAGCUACUGGGGAGGCUGAGGUGGGAGAAUCGCUUGAACCCCGGAGGCGGAGGCUGCAGUGAGCCGAGAUCGCGCCACUGCACUUCAGCUUGGGCGACAGAGUGAGACUCUAUCUAAAAAAAAAGAAAAAAAAAUCAACUGAUAACAGGCGAUUAACAGGAGAAAAGGGAUACAUAACACUGGGGUAAAAGCAGGAGGAUGAUUACCCAGUAGCUUAAUGGAGUACAGAAGAUUUUAUAUCCUUUUUUCAUAGGGGAAAGGGUAGAUUAGAAAUGUAGACAUUUAUUUUGAGGAGCAGCAAAUGAUUAUUAGGAACAAUGAAUGGACAGAAAUUAGUAAAUAAUUUUCUUUUGAGUAAUCUUGUGAAAAAGUCCCUCCAGGCACGGCUGCAUUUCUGAGUCUUUCUGAAAUAGGUUACGAGAUUUCAGUGAGGGGAGGAAUGCGAUUGAUUCUUCUACAAAGAGGCUUCUCUAGUCAGGGAAGGAAAUUUCAGAGAGUACCUCCCUGCACUUGGGAAAAGUGGGAGCAACAAGUCAAGGUUGGGGGACCUGCAUUAUGAGGCAGCUUCUAAAGCCUCUGUCUUUGGGGUAUCGCUUUCUGAGCGUCAAAAGUAAAACGUGAUGCAUUCCUUUCCUUCCAACCUAGAUUCUAGUAGUUUAGAUCAGUAUCAUUGUUUUUACUUCAAGGUUCAGGAAACGCUGGAAAUUGCUAGCUAAUAUCACAGGAAAAAAACAAAAAACAAAAAACACGAGGUUGACUUCACCCUACCCGCGGUAGGUAACCAUGUAUGAACAGAGACUCCCAGGCAUAAUCAAAUUACCUCUGUCAAGUCCUCGCCCUAAGACUAUUUUUGGAAACUAGGGAUUUUCCAGAUUACUGAAAGCCGUGGCGGUGUCAAAGGCCGGGCAGGAGUUUCGCAAGCGGAGCUAUGAAAGCAGCCACCCUCGCGGUCAUUCCUAUGCCUCCGCCCUACUUCCCCAUACUGGCAAAAACACGCUCCCCGGGGAGCUUUCAUUUGGGAACCGAUAGGGUCCACAGCCCUGUGUUCUUCAAAUACUGUAAAGCAGCCCUCUCCAGAUUCCUUGAGGGUCACUUUAUAUUACACAUUCGUCCACACACGACAACAAAAUCACCACUUCCACCCGCCAAAGCGCGCUCAGGUCGGCCGCCACUUCCCUUGGUACACGCGGAACGCAAGCCGCGCCGAGGCUAAAGGAAGAGGCCGGAAUGCAGGGCGAAAGGGCGCAGAGAUGCUAGCCAAUGCUGCCACCUCUAUUUUGGGUAUAAGGGAUCUUGUAAAGCUCCGUUAUUCGUGUGGCUAAGUAUCACAAACAAGGUGGUUUCGACCGGCCUUGGCUAGAGAAGGCCUCCUUAGCCCCUGAGGAUCCCAAGGUCUGUCGCAGCACCGAACACUCCCCUCGCAGGCCCAGACGCCGAGGGCGGAGGCGCGGCCUGGAGGGACUAGUUGGCGCGCGGCUGCCCGGCGUGGUGACGUCAGGGCGGAAGCGCACGCGGCGUGAAGCGGCCCAGAACCCGGCGGUCACGGGAAUAUCCGUCGCGCCGAGAACGCUGGUUAGUCUUGUUUCGGGUUCCGGCUGCGUUGGGCUUGCGUGCGGCUCGCUAAGACUAUGGCGUCCGGGCCUCAUUCGACAGCUACUGCUGCCGCCGCCGCCUCAUCGGCCGCCCCAAGCGCGGGCGGCUCCAGCUCCGGGACGACGACCACGACGACGACCACGACGGGAGGGAUCCUGAUCGGCGAUCGCCUGUACUCGGAAGUUUCACUUACCAUCGACCACUCUCUGAUUCCGGAGGAGAGGCUCUCGCCCACCCCAUCCAUGCAGGAUGGGCUCGACCUGCCCAGUGAGACGGACUUACGCAUCCUGGGCUGCGAGCUCAUCCAGGCCGCCGGCAUUCUCCUCCGGCUGCCGCAGGUGGCGAUGGCAACGGGGCAGGUGUUGUUUCAUCGUUUUUUCUACUCCAAAUCUUUCGUCAAACACAGUUUCGAGAUUGUUGCUAUGGCUUGUAUUAAUCUUGCAUCAAAAAUCGAAGAAGCACCUAGAAGAAUAAGAGAUGUGAUUAAUGUAUUCCACCACCUCCGCCAGUUAAGAGGAAAAAGGACUCCAAGCCCCCUGAUCCUUGAUCAGAACUACAUUAACACCAAAAAUCAAGUUAUCAAAGCAGAGAGGAGGGUGCUAAAGGAGUUGGGAUUUUGUGUUCAUGUCAAGCAUCCUCAUAAGAUCAUUGUUAUGUAUUUACAAGUCUUAGAAUGUGAACGUAAUCAAACCCUGGUUCAAACUGCCUGGGUAGUCCAUGAUGGUAAGUCAUAGAACUCUGCCCUCUGCACUUCAGCCCAUGACCUCAGGAUGGCCUGAUUGGCUACCCUGCUCUCCAGCCAAUCCAGUGCAAGCUCUCAUCCGAGAUUCACUGAAGUGGUCCAUAUCCAUCUGGCAGCAUCUUCUAGUUCUGUCGGGGUGUCAAAAGGAUUUGUAUAUUUGCUUCUAGAAGUAACUAUUUGACAUGCCUAUGUAUUUAAUGUAUACUUGUAACUAUCAAAAUGAAUAGUUCAUUUUUGAUAGAUUUGUUGUGCAGCCAUUAUGAAUUAAAUGGUUUCUUAUUAGGAGUUUGACUAAAUUUUUAUUUUUAGUGUGUAUAGCAUGAAUACUACCAAAGGAGACGACAAACUUGCAGCUUAAAAUGGGCACCAGUUCCCACACUGGCUUAAUUUAUAUAACUGCUUGGCUGUAUUGCGGGUAAUAAUAUUAGAAGCAAGAAGCACUUCAUUUUUAAAAGAGAUGUUACUAUAAUAUUGCUUAAAUGCUUUAGCACUUGGACUUCUUGAGAUGCAGAUGUGUGAUUUGGAGUGCUGGCUUAUUUAAAGGUCAAGCCAAGGAGUUUGUGGUUCAGCCACAACUACCGUUUCCUAAGACUAUUGAUGUGAAGGACUUAGUGAAGUAAUUUUUAUAUUCUGGGCUUCCCAGCAAGAUGUCCUUUUUAUGACUGCCAUGCUUCUUUUGGACUCAGUAAAUAUUUGUAAUGUUAGAAAAGUCUCAUUAUUUUUAUAAAAUGCAUGACAUUUUAAGUAUGUGUUGCAUAAAAUGGAUUAUAGCAGUUCUCAUGGUUUAGGAUUUUUAAGAAAUAGUCCAUUUAAUUUCAACUUAACCUUUUAAAUGAUCUGUAAAAUUUCUUUGAUAGUUUAGGAAUGUUGUGGGGGAGGGUUCAUUAAUAAAAGUUCAGCAAUUUUUUAACUGAAAUAGUUUAUCUCUUUUACCUAGUCACAAAAAAGGUAUGUAAACAAGGCCAUUAUAUGUGUUUAUUGCUCUUUAUUUCCCUAUCUAGAUUUUCUAAGUAUCUUAGCUUUCUUAAUAUAAGUUUAACUUGGUACUUACUGAAAAUGCCUUUUUACCCCUGUUAACGGUAUUUUGAGCUUUUGAAAAGAACUUGGUUGACACUGCUUUUAUUGUGGAUAAAGGAGAGAUGGUCAGUAAUUAAUGGCUUGAAGUAUUAUUGGAGUGGUUUAUCAUUUCUGAAACUAAUCGUGUCAGAAUUGACUUUGAAAAGCAUUGCUUUUUACAGAAAUAUAUUAACUUUUUAGGAGUAAUUUCUAGUUUGGAUUGUAAUACGAAAUAAUUUAAAAGGGCUUCGCUCAUAUAUAGGAAAAUCGCAUAUGGUCCUAGUAUUAAAUUCUUAUUGCUUACUGUUUUUUUUGAGUUAAGAGUUGUUAUAUGCUAGAAUAUGAGGAUGUGAAUAUAAAUAAGAGAAGAAAAAAGAAUAAAGUAGAUUGAGUCUCCAAUUUUAUGUAAGCUUCAGAAGAACUGGUUUGUUUACAUGCAAGCUUAUAGUUGAAAUAU